AUGGAAAGCACAGUAUUUGUUAGUAUCCCUCUUGUUCGGAUCUCAUUUCAAGGGUGGCAGCCUUUUUAUCCAAGACUUUUCUACGGCGAUUCGAUCGUCAUCCCAGAGCGCGUAGCGUUCCGCAGUCGAGUAGACCUCUGCCAGAGUUUGGCUAAGAGUGAUAGUCAGCUCGCGGGAUUCGUCGGACUUCUUGCGCAAGUUGUACAGGUGGUUAGGGUUCUUCUUGAUUGUUCAGUAAGAGGUGUAUUCUUUGGUGAAGACGUACGCCAGCUCCUUGAAGCUGCUGAUCGACCCGGAUGGCAGGGUGUGGAACCAAUCUUGGGCUGCUCCUCGCAAGGCGUUGAGAACUGCUUCGAGGGAGCAGCCUGCUCGAUUUCGGCCGUGAAAGGCGUGGAGUUUGCCUGGUCGAUCUCCUUACGUAGUACAUCUUCGAAAUUCCUCCCAGUCUUCAAGUCUCGAAGUCGGUCAUUUACAAGCUUCUCUAUGUCCUACACACACAUUGUUGGUCGGUCUCGUUGGCGACGCUGA